AUGGAGGAGAAACCACCAGUACGGAAGAUGAGGUUUGCUCCAAAAGCUCCCCCAAAACGCGUGCCAAAACCGGAAGUUAAACCUGAGAAGGUUGAGAAUGAGAGUAGUAGUGCUCAAGCCACGGAGUUGCUACGCAGAGUAACUGAAAGAUCAUUGCGCAAGCCGAGAGGGGACAAGAAAGUUCAUGAAUCUCAAGUUGCUUGGAUGGGAGGUGUGGUAAAUUCAACGAGAUCAAAUAAGUAUAUCUAUGCAUCAGGUAGCAAUGGAGCUGGUGGUUAUGGCUCAAACGCUGUGCAGGAGAUAGAGUAUAAAGAACCAUGGGAUUACUACAGUUAUUACCCUAUCACACUUCCGUUGAGGAGACCCUACUCAGGCGAUCCAGAGGUUCUUGACGUGGAGGAGUUUAUACAGGCAGCAGGAAAUCAUGAAGAUUCACUCAACACAGGCGAUAAUCUUGGUCUACAGGAAGAUAGCGGAGAACAGAAAAUGCUUUUGAUGAGGUUGCCUUCUGUGCCUUUGGUAAAGCCAAAUAUCAAAGGCGGUGGUUUAAAAGACGCCUUGUCUGAAGGUUACAUGGGGAAACUUCUAGUCUACAAAAGCGGUGCUGUCAAGAUGAAACUCGGUGACUCGCUUCACGAUGUUAGCCCAGGGUUGAAGAGCGAGUUUGCACAAGAUGUGAUGGUGGUUAACACUGAUGAGAAGGAGUGCGGUUUGGUUGGAGAGGUGAAUAAACAUGCUGUUUUGACUCCUGAUAUUGAUUCUAUCUUGAAAGAUAUUGAGAAUAUGUGA